AUGAUGUCCGGGCGUCCUCUAGUCGGGACGCAAGACACCUACUCUCAGAGCAACGAUCGUUUCGACAGUCCAAUGGAUCAACCUCCCACCUAUGACCGAUAUAGUGAUCGCUUCGCCGACAAGCAGCUGCACGACCAUGGGCCUGAACAGAACGCCUACGAUUCGAACAAUCCCUUCGUUCCGUACAGCGGUCCCGGGUACAGCGACAGUACUGAGGGGCGGCGUUACGAAGAGCCAUGGUCCUACACAGACAACAAUCAUCCCAAGACGCCCGUUGCUCGUCCGAAUCCAACCGAGUACAACCCGCUGUUUGAACAACCUGAUGCCAUGGAGAUGCGGCCAUUGAAUCCGAGCAAACCAGCCGAGUCUUGGCCACCGCCUCCUGCAACACACUCGCGUCGGGAGCAGGCUGCCGAAGCCCUCCUAUUCGCCACUGGCAUCGGGCGUCUUUUGGUGCUACUGCGCAUGAAGAAGGAUGUCCCAGUGCAAGAAGCCAUCAAUCGGAAGCGCUCCAACGUCUUGCCUCAGAAGUGGCCGAUCAUGACUAUUUGUUUGAUCGUUAUCAUGACUUGCAUGAUGAUUUGGGAGCUCAUUGUGAACAAGCAGAAGACGGGGAGUGUCAUUGCGACAAAGCCGACUUUCAACUACAUGAUCGGGCCUUCAUUUGAGGUUCUCAUCAACAUCGGCGCCCGUUUUGUUCCGUAUGCCCCAACUUGGAUGUGA